AUGGAAGAGUGCCGCACGACUCAGCCGCGGCCUGUGAAUGAUGACCUACCAGUGGAGAAUUGUCUCCCAUCAUUUGGAUAUCUUCUCGUCCGCACUGUUACGUACGAUCGGGCGCAGAAUGGCCAUCUGAACCUGGUGGAGGUGUGUCGUGUUGGAGACGGGGUGAUGACGGUGGAGGAGGGAGAAUGGAUCUGGAUCGCAUACACCAAGGAGCUACCAUACGUUUACCGCAUGACAGAUAGUCCCCAUUUCAUCAUCCGAGAGACGGCCAUCCUCGCCAAACAUCCCAAACCCGCCCAA